AUGAGGGCCUGGUGUCUGUGUCACAUUUGUACCUGCGGAGUCACUGUGGAUGGAAUGGGGGAAAUACAGAUCCAGAAACCUACAAAGAAAGAACAAGGAAUAUACGGAUGUUCUGUCGCUAAUCAUCUCGGUUCGGAUGUGGAAAGUUCUUCUGUGCUGUAUGCAGAGGCACCUGUUAUCUUGUCUACUGGAAGGAAUAUCACCAGACCGGAGCACAACCAUCUCUCCGUCGUGAUUGGAGGCAUCGUGGAAGCACCCCAGAGAGCAAACGUGACCAUCCAAUGUCCUGUAAAAGGUGUCCCUCAACCUAAUGUAACUUGGUUGAAGAAAGGAGGAUCUCUGAGUGACAAUAUUUCCUUGCUUUUCAAUGGAUCCCUGUUGUUGCAGAAUGUUUCCCUUGAAAGUGAAGGAACCUACAUCUGUACAGCCACCAAUGCUCUUGGAAAGGCGAUGGCAACAUCCAUCCUCCACUUGCUGGACACUUUCUGGGAGCUUGGUAGCUGGACACAUUGUUCUGCCACUUGUGGCCACUUGGGAGCCCGAGUUCAGAGACCCCAGUGUGUAAUGGCCAACGGGCAGGAAGUGAGUGAGGCCUUCUGUGAGCUCCUCCAGAAGCCGCUGGCUGGGUUCCAGCCCUGUAACACCUGGGACUGCCCCUCGAGGUGGUUCACGGGCACGUGGUCACAGUGCUCUGGGUCUUGCGGUGAAGGAUUCCGCAGUCGGCAAGUGACCUGUAAGCGCACGAGAGCCAAUGGAACUGUGCAGGUGAUGCCUCCGAGAGCACGUGCCCCCAGAGAGAGGCCUCUGGGAAGAAGACCCUGCUCCAGUCACCCGUGUGUUCAAGGGCUUAUUGAACCAGGGAACCAGAGAACGCUGACAAAUCUACUGUUUUGA